AUGGCAGCUCCACACAACGGAUCCAACGUAACGACGAACUACACUAACCAGUUCGUGCAGCCGCCGUGGCGCAUCGCUCUUUGGUCGGUCGCAUACAGCUCUGUGCUGGCGGUGGCGGUGUUUGGAAACCUCAUUGUGAUUUGGAUCAUUCUUGCCCACAAGCGCAUGAGGACGGUGACCAACUACUUUUUGCUAAACUUGGCGUUUUCGGACGCGUCGAUGGCCGCGUUCAACACUUUGAUAAACUUUAUCUACGCUGCUCACGGAGAGUGGUACUUCGGCGAGGCGUACUGCAAAUUCCACAACUUCUUCCCGGUCACAUCCGUGUUUGCAAGCAUCUACUCCAUGACUGCCAUAGCUGUGGACAGGUACAUGGCCAUCAUCCACCCACUGAAGCCUCGUCUGUCAGCAAAGGCCACCACGGGUGUCAUCAUAUGCAUCUGGAGCUUGGCUGUGGUUCUGGCCUUCCCGCUCUGCUACUUCUCCACCAUCCGAGUUGUACCUAACAGGACCCUCUGCUACGUGGCCUGGCCCCGCAUGGCACAUGACCCCUUCAUGUAUCAUAUCAUCGUGACAGUUCUGGUCUAUGUGCUGCCCUUGGUGGUGAUGGGCAUCACUUACACCAUCGUGGGGGUGACACUGUGGGGAGGUGAGAUCCCAGGAGACUCAUCCGAUAACUAUCAUGGACAGCUCCGGGCUAAAAGGAAGGUGGUGAAGAUGAUGAUCAUUGUAGUGGUGACCUUUGCCCUCUGCUGGUUGCCGUACCAUAUCUACUUCAUUGUGACGGGUCUUAACAAGCGUCUGAGCAAGUGGAAAUACAUCCAGCAGGUGUACCUGUCAGUGCUGUGGCUGGCGAUGAGCUCCACCAUGUACAACCCCAUCAUCUACUGCUGCCUCAACAGCAGGUUCCGAGCUGGCUUCAAACGAGCAUUUCGUUGGUGCCCAUUCAUCAAGGUGUCCAGUUAUGACGAGCUGGAACUACGCUCCACACGGCUGCACCCGACACGCCAGAGCAGCAUGUACACGCUGUCACGCAUGGAUACCACCGUGGUGGUGGUCUACGACCCUGCUGAAGGCGAUGGCGUUGCUGGAGGUGGCCCUGGCAGGAAGCACUCCUUGUCCAAAGGAAAGAGAAGUUACACGACAUCCCGCCACACAGAGAUCUCUGGGUGCAACGACAGCAGUGUGAAAAUGCAAAAUGGAAGCGCUCCAAACGCUCAACCUAAGGAAUUCUCUUGA